GAAUCCCGAUCUCGGCCCGUCGGCGUUCUGACUCGGUGUGACGGGAAACGACGUUACCCGUUCGCUGAGAGCGUUCUCGACGACGAGAGGGCCCCUCAAUGUGGCGUCCACGACUGCAUCGUUGACGUUGUGGAAGAGAGCGGACCAGCUCGUAUGUUGUAUUCUUCCGGAUCGACGAGGCGAGUUCAGUCGCUUCAACCGCCCCCCUCUUGCGUCACCCCAUGGCCAAUGUACGGAGACGCCUUAGUGAUGCGUUUGAGCAAGUCAAAGAAAUUUGUCGUCAAUAUGCGCCAUGGAGACGCUGUCAUGGCGGACGAAGUCCUCGAGCGGUCAGUACAUUGUUAUGAGCUUUGA